GAGCUGUCACUGCGCGGAGCGCCUUUCCCACGUGACGGAGAUACUGGUGGGACCAGCAGACGAUGCCGGCGCAGGUGGCAACAACCCCAAGCGCAGCAAGCGCACCCGGCAGCCUCAGCAGGGGGACGACGUGUGCGUGCACGUCAUCGUGCGGGCGGUCAGCGGCAAUGUGGUCUUCGCCAAGGAGGACGUGAGGAUGGACACCCCGGUGGCGGACCUGGUAGAGGAGCUGAGCGCCAAGACAGGCACCUACGCGGACUGCGUCCAGCUGCUGAGGGGCGCGCGGGUCCUCGCCAAGGACGGCUGCCUGGCGGACGGCGUCGAGCCUCCCGCUCCAGGCGCAGCCGUGGAGGUGACCCUCAUGCGGCUGCAGGGCCCCGCGUUCACCGUGGAGGCGGUCAGCGGAAGACGAAUCCAGGUGAUCGACAGGCGGCCCGCCGCGCACGACGCGUGCCACUUCGACCGG